AUGCUCUUGGACAAGGGAGCGGAUGUCAAUGCGCAGAGCGACCUCUACGGCAACGCUUUUUAUGCCGCCUUGUUUGGAGGCCAUCAAGAGAUCGUCGAACUGCUCUUGGACAAAGGGAGCGGAUAUCAACGCGUAGGGCGGCCAAUAUGGCAAUGCUCUCCAGGCUGCCUCGUUUGGAGGCCACCACGAGAUUGUCAAACUGCUCAGAAGAAGGGGCGCUAUUAUAUCGUCUUCUAA